CUUUGAUGCCAGUACACAUCACUGAGCCAUGCCGAACUCUACAGUUUCCCUGCGUGUUUCAGCUGUUGUAAAGUCUUUCGAGUGAACAAUCUCAUGCCCGUGAGCGGAGUGUGCGCCGAGAGGGGGACAAGUCGCCAGGUCAGAGAAUCCGUUUCCCAAACGUCUGUCUGAGGAUCCCGAUGCAAAGUCAGUGACCACCACAGGUCUUCAUCUUGGGACAUGGAGACUUCGCUGAGCAGUGACCCUAGGGUUUCUGGUUCCUGUCUGACUGCGGAAUCUGGGACAAGUAACACUGCAGAGAGAUAUCAAAGCCCCCAGACUGACCUACCCAUUGGAGCAGGAUCCGCCUCAGCGACUCAGAUGGGAAGACACAAAUCAUUGGGUUUUGCUCAGAUUGUGUUGGGAGUAUUUUUUAUAAUCUGCUGGACGCCAUUAAUUCUGCGACCUGUGUCAAUGGAAGGGAAGUACAGAAUCCAGUGGUGGAUCGGCCUGUCGUUUGUACUUUGUGGGUUUAUAUGGCAUACUGUGGAAAAGACAAUAUCUACUGUUCGGUUUGUGGCUUACCUGAUCAUGAAUACAGUCAGUGCCCUUGUUGCUGUCGCAAGUGUCAUCCAGGUUUCCAUGAAUUUGCACGUUUGGACAACAGAUAUUGUCUGCUAUUCGGGAAAUAUUUGUGAUUCUUGGUCCAUUGCUUUGGCUAGAUAUCGCUUAGGUCUCAUCAUCGCCCUCUUCCUCCUUGCAUUUCUGGAGCUCGUCAUAUCGAUUAUCAUUUUAAUUUUUGGAUGCCCCAUAGUAAGCAACAAAUCGAAGACACAGCACAAUAAGCCUCGAAGUAAAUCUACUGAUCAGGAAAGCACCUCUCAAAUGCCAACACACCAAGACACCACCUACAGCAAUGUAAUAUCUCAAACAACUUUAUAGCAUGGAUUCCCAUUGUGCAAUAGGAUUUUAAAAGGAAGCCAGAUUGUCACCAGAACAGCUCUGAGCAGUUUCUGGAUAUAUUUGAAUAUAUGUUGAGAUAGGCCCGAUAAAGAUAAUGCUCUCAAACUGUUGCUUUUGAUAUGUUGAGCUUUUAUAUUUGUACAAUAGGUAAAUUAAAAUUAAAACACUAGAUACAAUUUGUUCGAUCAGGUAAGUGUAAGUAAGAGGAAUGAUCAGGACUGUAACUCUCUAUGCAGACUUACCUCUUUAUUAAACCAGACCAUUGAGAGCAAUCAGCUAUGUACAACUGCUGGAGUGUGGGGUUCCAGCAGAAACUAGCAUUGCCUGCGGAAAUGGAGUAUCCAAUACUCUAUCAGAUUCAGCAUAUUUGCUACGUUGCCCUUGUAAGCACUGGAGUUUCCAGUCAGCCAGUCUAUACAUUGUUCAUCUACAGUGCUAACUGCUCUCUCAUCUUGGAGUGCUGUUAAAUCUCUUCUCAUAUGUGUAGUGUUAUCAUAUUGCUGUUCCAUUCCAGCAGUCCAAAGCUGUAAAACCUCAGUGUCUGCUAUUCCUACGAUGAGAUUUUUGUCCAGUUGUGCUGUUGUUCUUAAA